AUUCCUGGCUGAACUACAUUUCCCAGAAUUCCGCUCUUUGCAGCGCUUCCGAGUGGUUUGUGUAGUGUUUAGGCCUUACAGCAGCAGCGGUAGUAGAAGAUGGAUGCGGAUAGUGACUGGCGGAGCGCGCAGUUCAGGCAGAAGCUGGUCAGCCAGAUAGAUGAAGCAAUGAGGAAAGCAGGUGUUGCUCACACCAAGUCAAGCAAGGAAAUGGAGAGCCACGUGUUUUUGAAAGCAAAGACCCGCGAGGAAUACCUUUCUUUGGUUGCUCGUCUCAUCAUUCAUUUCCGAGACAUCUUUAACAAGAAGAACCAGACGGCUGCUUCUGAUCCCAUGAAUGCUCUUCAGAAUUUAACAGGCAACGCUGUAGUUGGUGGGCAAGGAAUGGGCAUGGGUGUCCGUCCUCAAGGAGCUCAGAUGGGAGCCAUGGGAGGGAUGACACAGAUAGCGCAGCAAAUGAACCUGCCUGGACAGUCACAGCCUGGUGCAUCAGGAAUGGCACCACAUGGAAUAACUGGUGUAGCUGCAGGGAACCAAGCCACUCAGUUACAGCUGCAGCAAAUGGCACAACACCAGCAACAGCAAUUUCAGCAACAGCAGCACCAGGCAGCUCUACAGCAUCAACAACAGCAUCAACAACAGCAGUUCCAAGUGGCACAGCAGCAGCAAUUUCAAGUGGCAGCUGUUGCUGCAGCACAGCAGCAGCAACAGCAGCAGCAGCAGCAACAACAGCAGCAGCAGGUGCAACAGCAACAACAGCAACAACAGCAGCAGCAGGUGCAACAACAACAGCAGCAGCAGGUGCAACAACAACAGCAGCAGCAGGUGCAACAACAGCAGCAGCAGCAGGUGCAACAGCAGCAGGUGCAACAGCAACAACAGAUGCAGGCAGCGGCACAGCAGCAACACAUACUGAAAUUUCAACUACAGCAGCAGCAGAAUCAGCAGCAGCAAUUACAACAGCAGCAACAGCUCCAGAGAAUGGCACAUCUACAGAUGCAACAAAUGCAGCAGCAGCAGCAGCAGCAGCAGCAACAGCAGCCACCACCUCCACAAGUAAUGCAGUUGCAACAAAUGCAACAGGUGGCACAAAGUCAGCAGCAGCAGCUGCUCUCCACGCAGCCACAGGCACCAUCUCUUGUUGCCCAAGGACAGAUUCCUUCCCAAGUUAUGCCUGUAACACUAACACCUCAGCAGCAGUUAAAGUUAUUGCAGCAGGUAAGAGUACAGCAACAUCAGGCACAGCAGCAAGCUCAACAGCAGGCACAGCAGCAAGCUCAACAGCAGCAAGCUCAACAGCAGCAAGCUCAACAGCAGCAAGCUCAACAGCAGCAAGCUCAACAGCAGCAAGCACAACAGCAGCAAGCUCAACAGCAGCAAGCUCAACAGCAGCAAGCUCAACAGCAGCAGGCACAACAGCAGGCACAACAGCAGGCUCAGCAGGCAGCUCAGAAGCACCAAGCUGCUCAGCAGCACCAAGCGGCUCAGCAGCACCAAGCGGCUCAGCAGCACCAAGCGGCUAAGCAGCACCAAGCGGCUCAGCAGCAAGCUCAGCAAGCAGCCCAGCAGGCACAACAGCAGGCGCAACAGCAGGCAGCUCAGCAGCAAGCAGCUCAAGCCCACUUGGCAGCUGGGCAGAUGAUCUCCACACCUAUGCCUCGAGGUGGGAUGCCAGUAAGACCACGCUUCCCGCCAUCCACUGUUCCUGCCAAUCCUACAAGCUCCGUCCCUUUGGGAGAACAGCAGAUCCCACAGGUCAAUCAGAACAGCAUUCCUGUAAUGUCCUCACCAUCCCCUGUACAGGCGCAAACGACACAGUCCAUGCCUCCUCCUCCACAACCAUCCCCUCAGCCAUCUCAACCAAUUUCACAACCUAAUUCUAAUGUCAGUUCUGGUCCAGCUCCAUCUCCCAGUAGCUUCAUGCCUAGUCCAUCUCCUCAACCUUCCCAGAGUCCAGCAUCAGUACGCACCCCUCAGAACUUCAGUGUUCCAUCACCAGGACCCCUUAAUACUCCAGGAAACCCAAAUUCUGUUAUGAGUCCUGCAAGUAACAACCAAUCAGAGGAACAGCAGUAUCUGGAUAAACUGAAGCAGCUUUCCAAGUACAUAGAACCACUGAGACGAAUGAUCAAUAAAAUUGAUAAAAAUGAAGAGAGAAAGAAAGAUUUAAGUAAGAUGAAGAGUCUCCUGGAUAUACUGACAGAUCCAAACAAGAGGUGCCCCCUGAAAACUUUGCAGAAGUGUGAAAUUGCCCUGGAGAAGCUUAAAAAUGACAUGGCUGUGCCAACACCUCCCCCACCAACAGUCCCAUCCACAAAACAACAGUACCUGUGCCAACCUCUGCUGGAUGCUGUCCUGGCAAACAUCCGCUCGCCUGUUUUCAACCACUCUCUGUACCGAACCUUUAUGCCUGCUAUGACUGCAAUUCAUGGGCAGCCUAUUACGUCUCAGCUGGUAGUGCCAAGGAAGAGAAAGUUUGAAGAAGAUGAGAGGCAGGGUAUUCCAAAUGUGCUUCAGGGUGAAGUCGCCAAACUGCACUCAAAAUUCCUGGUGAAUCUGGACCCAUCUCACUGCAGUAAUAAUGGCACCGUCUACCUUAUAUGCAAAAUAGAUGAUAAGAACCUCCCGAGUGUUCCCCCUUUGCAGCUGAGCGUUCCUGCUGAAUAUCCAGAUCAAAGUCCUCUGUGGAUGGACAACCCACGCCAAUAUGAAGCAAAUCCCUUCUUGCAAUCUGUAUAUCGUUACAUGACAUCCAAACUCCUGCAGCUUCCAGACAAGCACUCGCUCACAGCACUGCUGAACACUUGGGCCCAGAGUAUCAGACAAGCCUGUCUUUCUGCCGCAUAGAGUCCAGUCCAAUAAUAACAACAAAUAUCUGUGCCUCUUUAUUCUACUUCUCUGUGGACACUGCAUUCGUUUCCUGCUUAUCAAGGAUAUCGAGCUAAGCUAAUGACUAGCAGGAAAAAUUGCUGAAUAUUCAUAGUAACGUGCACAGCAUUCUGUAUCACGUUCUGGGACAAGUUGCAGCAAAUGGUUUAACGUUGUAUAAUGCCCUAUAGUUUUGUAUGCAACAGUAUGCCUUUGUUCACAUGAGCAUUGGCAUGUGCUCUGUUAAUAAGUAAAUUUGUAAUGCUAUCAAACUGAUUUUUGAUGGAUUUUUAUAUGGAUUUCAGUUGUCUUUGGUUGUUCUAAUAAAAGAGCGUUUUUCUGGGAA